AUGAUCUUCGCUUUGAAGCUGUGGAGACACUACUUGUACGGUGCGCAUUGCGAGAUAUAUAUGGACCACAAAAGUCUGAAAUACCUGUUUACACAGAAAGAGCUCAACAUGAGGCAACGUCGGUGGCUAGAGUUGUUGAAGGACUAUGAUAUUACUAUACUCUACCAUCCUGGAAAGGCUAAUGUGGUAGCGAAUACACUUAGCAGAAAGUCAACGGAGAACCUCACGUUGUUGAUCACGAAUCAGGUGCCCCUGUGGAAGGAAAUGGGGCGAAUGGAUCUCGAGGUUGUAGCUUCGGAGGUUCCGUCUAUGCUCACGGCUCUCGUUGUCCAACCGACCUUGUUGGAGAAGAUUAAGAGUUUACAAUCCGCAGACUCGAAUCUCCAAAAGGUGCGGCGCGACAUCGAGGGUGGGCGUAGUGGCGAUUUCAGUAUACAUGCCGAUGGUGCUCUUCGAUACCGGAACCGGUGGUGUGUACCGGAAAAAGAAGAGGUCCGGAAGUUAGUUUUGCGGGAAGCGCAUCAGUCUCGCUAUAGUGUUCACCCGGGCGGCACCAAGAUGUACGAAGACUUGAGAGUGCUCUAUUGGUGGCCGGGAAUGAAAGCUGACAUUGGAUGCUAUGUGGCGCAAUAUCUUCCCGCCGCUCUCUCCUCCCCCUCCCCUCUCCCUCCCUCCUCACCCCCGGCGCGUGACCGCACCGGCGGUGUCGGGUCGCCCGGGGGACUCCCCAGCCCGCGCCCCCGCGCGCGGCUUCCCCCUGCCUCCUUUUACCUCCCCUCUCCCCCCGCCCCCUCCCCGCUCUUCCCGCUCUCAGCCGCUCCCCUCCUCUCUCUCUUCCCCUCUCGCCAGCGGGCCUGCACGCAGGAGGCCGGGCCGACAGUAGCGGCGCGCUGA